AUGCAUCACGCUGGCGGUGGCGGUGGCGGUGGCAGUGGCGGUAGCGGUGGCGGCGGUGGAGGUGGCGGAGGUGGCGGUGUCGGCGGCGGCGGCGGCGGCGGCGGCGCCGGUUACGGAGGCGGGCCGCAGGAGCGCGUUCACCAAGCUCCAAGACCGGUCCAGCCUGAUCAAAAGUGUCCCUACGAGACCUACCAGGCGCAAAUCCCGGACUGCUGCGCGGCUGCGGUAGCGGCGCAAGACCCGUACCCACGGCCGCCCAGUGGCUACGACGCCAGGUGCUACGACGAGUGCCAUCGCAGGACGCCGUAUCAAGAAGAGUCCUAUCCUCAGGAUGUAUCCUCGACAUUCCACCGGUCCCAGUCUAGACUGGGCUAUGAGGAACGUCCUCAGUCCCGGGUGGGAUACGCCUCGGAUUCCAGGUGUGCCAGCGGGCUCGGAUACGACGACACCGGUGGGGGUUACCUGGAUCAGAGUGACCCGAGAAUGUAUUGCACCGGCGGCUAUUGCAUGGGAGAUACGAUGAUGGCGACGAGCAGAGGCGUAUGCGGCGAAGAGGUCGAACUCGACAUGCGGAGGCACAUUCAGGCAUGCGCCUGCACAUGCAACCACAUGGGCUAUGGAAAUUACAUGGACUAUCAGACCACGUGCCUAACAGAACUGCCAGACGUGGCGCCUUGCAACGGCACCGUGCGAUUACCGCCACCGUGCGAGGACUCGCCUAGCAGCGGCAGCAGCAAGGAUCGCAGAGACGAGAGUCCUCGCAGGAGAUGUCGGGUGUUGGCGCCUGUCCUGCUCCUAGUGGUCGUCCUACUCCUCGGAGGCCUCUGUCUGCCGUUUCUACUACAAUCCGCGCCUGCCACGCACCAGCAGAGGCUGGACGUGAUCAGGAGGAUUCUCACUGAAGUGCCUCUGAUCGACGGGCACAACGAUUUGCCCUGGAACGUCAGAAAGUUCGUACACAAUCAACUUGGCGAAGUCAACCUGAGCAGCGAUCUCGGCAGGGUUGACCCAUGGGCCAGAUCAGACUGGAGUCACACGGACAUCCCUAGAUUACGCGCUGGCCUCGUCGGUGCACAGUUUUGGUCAGCCUACGUUCCUUGCGGUGCCGCUCAGUUAAAUGCAGUUCAACUCUCAUUGGAACAGAUUGACGUAAUUCGUCGACUCGCCGAAAUGAAUGCUCAACAUUUAACCCUGGUUACCUCCGUCAAAGGUCUCAUCGAGGCGCACAGAGAAGGCAAGAUCGCAAGUCUAAUCGGAGUAGAAGGUGGCCAUUCCUUGGGGAAUUCCUUGGGUGUCCUCAGGACGUUUUACGGUCUGGGAGCGCGAUAUCUUACUCUGACACAUGCGUGUGACACCUCCUGGGCAGUCUGUUCUGUUGGCGAGACGAACAACACUCAGGACUCCACGCCGGGCCUCAGCGAAUUUGGGAAAGCAGUUGUCAGGGAAUUGAACAGGCUGGGCAUGUUGGUCGAUCUCUCGCAUGUCUCGACAAGAACGAUGAGGGCGGCCCUGCAGACGACGAGGGCGCCGGUGAUCUUCUCGCACAGCGCUGCCAGGGCGCUGUGUAAUUCCACCAGAAACGUGCCGGACGACGUGCUCAGAAAUCUGGCUAAAAAUGGCGGAGUGGCGAUGGUCCCUUUUUAUACCUACUUCAUAACAUGCAACAGCACCGCUACUAUAAAAGACGUUAUUGCACACAUCAAUCAUAUUCGGAAGGUGGCGGGAAUCGAUCAUGUUGGAAUCGGAGCGGGUUUCGACGGGAUAAAUUUUACUCCCACGGGUUUAGAGGAUGUCUCGAGGUAUCCGCAACUAUUGGCCACCUUGUUAGAGGAUCCUGCAUGGACAGAGGAGGACAUCAAGAAACUAGCCGGCCUCAACUUACUGAGGGUAUUCGCGAAAGUCGAACAGGUUCGUGACGAGUGGCACAGAGCAGCCGUGUUACCUGUGGAGAAGAUCAGUCCACCAGACAACUCGGCCUGCGUUUACGGCGCGUCCUGAUCCUCUUUAAGGACAAUUGUGCCGGGAUUUCUCGACUUUGCACGAUCGCCGAAGAUCCUGAGGAUGCCGCGGUAUUACUGGAGCCUGUAAGGACGCGUGUCCCGAAUCGCCAAAGGAUUCGUACCGUAAGAAAGCUUCACGGAUAUCUCUAAUGGAAACGACCGACCAAUCUGCACCGAAAGAACUGCCGACUUCUACUUCAGGGACUCCGUCGCGCCUUAACGAGAGACGAAGAUUCAGCGCGGGAAUGCGACUGGUCUUUCGAAAUUAAUGGCGUCGAGGAUCCUUCGGAGACACCUUUGGGACGUGGCGAGCCCGUUCACCUGCGACUCCGUUUGAAAGAUCUCAAGCGCCGUUAACGACUGUAAAUUGCGAUCGUAUUUGAGAAAUAAUUAUCCCCCUCUUACAAGCACCACUUAUUUUUGCGAUAUCUGAUGAAUUAGUAAUCUCAUAAUGUUAAAGAAAGAUUAAUGAUUGUUUUUAACUCAGUACUUUUUCCACGCUUGCAAAUUAUUGGAUAUAAUUUUGCGAUCAUUUGUCAGGCAUUUCCGUCCAGACUUCAAACUUGGCUUAAUAACACUUAUUUAUUUAUUUCGCAAUUUGCAUCACUUGCACGUUAAAGUGCAUAUUUUACA